AUGACAACAGUCCUGGUGACCGGCGGCUCUCGUGGUAUUGGCCGUGCAACCGCAAUCCUGGCCGGGAAACGAGGCUGGAACGUAGGCGUCAACUACAAGGAGAAUGCUCAAGCAGCAGAGAUGACUGCUCACGUAGUAGAGUCCGCCGGCGGGAAAGCUAUCAUCGUGAAAGGCGGUGUCGAGAAUGAGCAGGAUGUCAUUCGCAUGUUCGACGAGGUGGAGACGCACUUUGGUGCGAUCAAUGCCGUUGUCGUCAAUGCAGGCAUCACACUGCCUGCCAUGACUCUUGCCGAGAUGGACAUCAACCGACUCAGGCAGAUGUUUGAUGUGAAUGUCUUGGGAGCAUAUCUGUGCGCACGCGAGGCUGCGAGACGGAUGCCGACGAGCAGAGGAGGCUCAGGCGGCAACAUCGUAUUUGUCUCUUCUGCGGCGGCGAAGCUGGGCGGCCCAAAUGAAUAUGUCGAUUAUGCUGGUUCCAAAGGAGCCAUUGAUACUCUCACUGUCGGACUUGCGAAAGAGCUUGGCACUCAAGGCGUCCGUGUCAAUGGAGUUCGGCCUGGCCUUAUCAAUACGGAGAUACAUGCGACGACUGGUGAUCCGGAUCGAGCUGACCGACUUGGCAAGACUACGCCCCUUGGACGUGCUGGUGAAGCUGAGGAAGUGGCUGAAGCGAUCAUCUGGCUGCUCUCCUCGGCUUCGUCGUACGUCACUGGCACAGUUCUCGACGUGACUGGAGGUCGGUGA